AUGGCCGGCCUGAAUGUGUCCCUCUCCUUCCUCUUCGCCACCUUCGCCCUGUGCCAGGCGGCCAGGAGGGUGGCCAAGGCCCUGCUCCCAGAGGGCGCCUAUGCUGGCUUCGCCCGGGAGGCGGCAGGCGCCGCCCAGCUGGGGGCCUGCUGCCUGGAGAUGCGGAUGCUGGCGGAGAUCGGGCCCUGGGCGGGCGGCUUCGGCCCCGACCUGCUGCUCACCUUGGUCUUCCUGGUCUUCCUGGUGCACGGGGCCACCUUCGACGGGGCCUCGGCCAACCCCGCCGUGGCGCUGCAGGAGCUGCUCCUGGCCCGGGCCUCCCUGGCCGGCACGCUGCUGAAGCUGGCGGCCCAGGCGCUGGGCCUGCAGGCGGGCUGCGUCCUCACCAGGCUCUACUGGGGCUGGGAGCUCAGCGACCUGCACGUCCUGCAGAACCUGAUGGCGGCGCACUGCAGCUCCACCCUGCGCACCUCUGUGGCCCACGGCGCGCUGGUGGAGGGCACCUGCGCCUUCUUCUUCCACCUGACCCUCCUCCGCUUCUGGGACAGCCCUCCAGUCUACAGGGUGCCGGCCGUGGCCCUGCUGGUCACCACCAUGGCCUACACAGCUGGGCCCUUCACGUCCGCCUUCUUCAACCCCGCCCUGGCAGCCUGGGUCACCUUCCGGUGCUCGGGGCACACCUGGCUGGAGUACGCCCAGGUGUACUGGCUGGGCCCGUUGACAGGGAUGGUCCUGGCGGUCCUGCUGUUUCACGGCCACCUGCCUCGCCUCUUCCAGAGGAACCUGUUCUACAGUCACAAAAGCAAGUACCGCACCCCCAGAGUGAAGCCCGCUCUGGUGCCUGGAGGCACCCGGACACCCACCGAGGGGAGCAGCAGCGGACAGCCUGGGCGGCAGGGGGGACAAACGUCCACAGACUUUGGGGACCCACAGGCUUGGGGGGCCACCGACCUCCUUCCUAACCACCUGGACAGUCCCGCAGGCAUGGGAGGCCUGGAGGCCUUUCCUGCCCCCGGGGCGGCGGCGCUUCUGUGGAGGACACGGCACAGGUGCCCAGUGGCCCCAACGCCCCAGCCAUCCACGUGGGUCACCAAGAUGGACCAGCUGGAGCCCCAGGGGGCUGAGCCAGGCCGUCCCGGGGCUGCUGCCCUGGCCUGA